UGCUGGGCGUUGGUUAGUGUGUAGUGUGAUUGUAGCGGAGAGAGUCAUGUCUGUCUAUCUGCUGCCUCUCCUCUGUGUCCUGGUGGGCUGGUCGGCCGCCUUCCCGGAGGUCACCAUGCACCACACAGAGGAGUUGGACUUGACACCUAACGUCAUCCUCCCGGAGGCCACCAUGGGCUACACGGAGGAGUUGGACUUGACAGCUAACGUCAUAUUUAACCAGAUUGCUAUACACCAGCUGCAGGAGGAGCAGCGAGGCGUCCAGGAAGGUGUGAGAAGUAUGCUGAUGGUGAUAGCCAACAUGACUGAAGGUGUGAAGGAGAGGGAGAACGCCACCCGCCGCCUCCUGGACACUCUGGACCAGCUGGAGUGGGUCAACAAGGCUCACCAAGCUGACAACCUCAAGCUGGAGGAGGAAAACACUCGCCUAAAUACAGCGAUUCAUUUGCUCGAGGAGGACAACAGAAAGACUAAGAACGAAGUGCAGCUUGCUCAGGAGGAGAUUGUUCUAUUAAAGUCCCAGAUCCGUCAAGUGGAGGAGGACUCCAGGCUGGUCAAGGAGGAUAACAUUAAGACUAAGAACGAAGUGCGCCUUGCUCAGGAGGAAAAUAUUCAAUUAAAAUCCCAGAUCCGUCAAGUGGAAGAGGACUCGAGGCUGGUCAAGGAGGAGAUCAUUCUGGUCGAGGAGGAAAACAGGAAGACUAAGAAUGAUGUUCGUUUAUCACAGGAGGAGAAUCGCCUCGUAAGGGCCGAGCUACGCCAAGUGGAGGAGGACGCGAGGCAGGUCAAGGAGAGGAUCCGAGAGUUGGAGUUAGCGGAGACCCAAGCCCAGGAUAUGAACAAUGCGGCAAAGACCAGGGUAGCUGAGCUAGAGAGGGAGAUCAAACUACUGCAAGAGACGAAUAAUAAGACAGAGGGAGAGAAGAGACAUGUUGAGGACCAACUUUCACUCUUGGAGAAGGAGAAGAGAGAUGUUGAGGACCAACUCUCACUCUUGGAGAAGGAGAAGAGAGAUGUUGAUAGCCAACUCUUACUCUUGGAAGAACAGGUCAUGGUCCUGCAAACAUCAAUUGCAGCUCUAGAGGAAGACAAAGAAGGACAAGCACAGAAAAUCAACAGAGUGGAAAGCGAGAAAAACAGAACUGAAGUCAAGAGUCGCUUGAUGGAAGAGGAGCACCAGGAGUGCAAGAGGAAUGUUACUGAACUUUCCGCCAGGUUACUGUCAGCGAGGGACUGUGCGGAGCUGUACUGUAAGGGAGCACGGCAGGAUGGCGUCUAUCUCAUCAUUCCCGGCAGGAAUGGACGGCUGGUGUCUGCCUGGUGUGACAUGACUACAGACGGAGGAGGAUGGACGGUGUUCCUCCAGAGAGACACAAGAGUUGUUCCUGCGGUGAACUUCACCAGAGACUGGGAGGCCUACAGGACCGGCUUUGGUAACGUCUCCACAGAGUAUUGGUUAGGGACGGAGGCACUGCACCAGCUGACGCAGCCCUCGCGCCAGACACUGCAUCUGGCUGCCUACAAUGAAAUUGGAUUGUGGAGGUCAUGGCACAUCGAACACAGCUGGGCACGGUGGGGCAUCUUCAGCAUCAACAGCGAGAGUACCCAGUACCAGCUGCUAGUGGACUGGUACCAGGAAGACAGUACCAUGGGGGACGUCCUUGUACGGAACGACAACCACAGUGGAAUGAAGUUCUCCACCAUCGACAGAGACAAUGAUCUCUGGGAAGGUGAGUCCUGUGCUCAGUACCACCAAGGUGGCGGGUGGUGGUACUCUUCAUUCUCCGCAAUCAAACCUUCUUAA